AAUUUAGUCUCGUUUUGGACGGUAGCGGUGAUCAUUCAUUCAGCUUUGCUUUGAGUCUGGUUCGCGCAUAGAAAGAAAAAAAGAGACCCAAAACCUCCAUAGAAAACCACCAGUUGUAAAGGUUUUUUUUUUGGUUUUUCUGUCUCAUUGUUGGUGUUGUUGCCGUUGCUACCUAUCGUGAUAUUUCUCGUUAUGCGUUGUUGGUGUUUUUAUUUUUUCUGUGAUUCAUGAAUCGAAUUGAAAAAAGUGCAAAGACCAUUACAAUUACAACAAUUAAAGAAGAAGAGGAAAAAAAGGUUCAAGAAGAAAUACAAAAGAUAACUGGUUUUUCUUCUCCAAAAAAAUCCAAACAAGAAAAUUUCAGCAAAGAAUAACGAGUGCAAAAAGACAUUGAAACUAAAUUUAUUUGAAACAAAAAUUUGAUUGUGAAACAGUUUAGAGAAAAGCAAAAAUUACAUUCAUAAAAUUAACAAAAUUAUCAAAAUUUCCAUCUCCCCACCAACAACAAGAAAAAAAAACGGCAGACAAAGGCCUCAUCUAUCAAGGCAGUCAGUCGUCUGUGGUGGUUAACAAAGCAACCGAUACAAAUUACACCAGUCGUCAUUAAAACAACAAAUCAAAAGAAUCAAUCCGGCAAGUUAAACGAGCAAACGAACAAUAAAAGGAAAGCUGAAAUCUCCAAUUUUGGUAAAAAUACCAGAAGGCUUGAAAACAACGCAAAACUGAAAUAUAUUCGGCUGACAAAUAAAAAAUACCCAAUUCACCUUUAAAAAUAUAACUUACUCAAUUCGAAACGUUGAUCGUUUAGUCAGUCCACAGAAUGGAGAAGACAGCAAAAAUAUCACAAUUAAAAUUUUGGAACAAGCAGAACAACAACACAAGCAAGGACAAAGAUAAGGAUGCUGAAGUGACUGAAACUAAAAAUGGUGCUAACAAAGAGGAUUCGAAGGCAGGAAAACGCAACUGGUUGCACACACCCGAAGCCCUUAUAAAUGGUCAUGUUGUCUAUCUAGUCAAGUUCUUUGGCAAUGUCCCGGUUGACCAGCCCAAGGGCAUUGAAGUCGUCAAGGAUACCAUACGCAAACUGCAAUUUGCCCAACAAAUGAAAAAAGCCGAAACGGGUACUCAAGAGAAAUUCAAGAAAGUCGAAAUCACUAUUAGUGUAGAUGGUGUAGCGGUGCAGGAGCCCCGCACCCAAAAGAUUCUACAUCAAUUCCCAUUGCACAAUAUCUCGUAUUGUGCCGACGAGAAGGGUGUCAAGAAAUUCUUUAGUUUUAUUGCAAAAACUGUGAAACCAACAUCGGGAGAUAACACUUCGAACGGCCGUGGCAGUAGUCCCGAUGGUUCAACACAAUCCUCAUCGACUGCCGAGGAUACACACGAGUGUUUUGUGUUCAUAUCGAAUAAGUUGGCAUCGGAUAUCACAUUGACCAUUGGUCAGGCAUUUGAAUUGGCAUUUAGAAAAUAUGUCAGCUCCACGGAAAAAACAGAACUGGGUAAGGCCCAGCAACAGAUUGCCGAUUUGGAGAAAACUGUAAAUAUCUACAAGAAUCGGCUGAGAGAUCUCUCUGCAAAAUUGGCCAAAUCAGAUUUGGAUGCCUAUUUGUUUAAACAAAAUAUCAAAGAUAUUCUGGAAGUACCAGCACAGACUAUUACCACAAAUGGUGAUGUGUCCACUCAGAAUCUUACCAAUGGUUCGAAUGGUCUAACAAAUCACGAUGAUAAGACCCUGUUGAUUGAUACCAAUUCGAAUUCAUCAAACUCCUUGAAAUCAUCGCUAUUCUUACCCGCUGUACCGCCACGUAACAACAACAACGCCAACACCAAGUCCAUGAAUAAUAAUGCCCAAAAAAUGGAAGAGCUAUUAUUGAAUUCCGAUUCGGAUAGUGAUUUUGACCCACGUGCAGAGGAGUCAACAGAUGGCAAUAGCACUGGUAGUGGUAAAAAUAUAAGUAAUGAUUUGUUUGGCUUCGAGCCAUCCAAUUCGUUUGGCCAACAAUUGUUCUAUAACAACAAUGAUAAUAAAUUCCAUAAUAACAAUAACAACAACAACAAUACCAGCAUUAUUAGUAAUAACACAUUCAGUGAAUUGACCAUAACACCACCAUUGUUGGCUCCACCACCCAAAGUAUCGGCCUCACGUCGCAGUACCUCGGUAACCAACAGCAACAAUAGCACUUCACCAAAUGCCAUUAACAAUUUAUUGACCAAUGGCAACAUUACAACCAACAAUAACAAUCUUGCCGAUCUUUUUGGUUCGGAUCCCUUUGAUACAUCCAACACUGGCACCCACCAUCAAAGUAUUUUCCCCCAGAAACUGAGUAAAAUCUCUGUAGAUGAUUUCACUUUGGAAAGUUUGGAUCCCCUAAGGAAAUGAUUUGUUGCUUCAUGGAGAAACAAAAUGAGAGCAUGGUAGCCAGUUUGUUUUUUGUUUGUAAAGUUAAUCUACAUUCAGGGAGAGAUCGAGCGAUCGAGCGAUCCUCCCACAAUAUUGAGAUGUGUAAUGUUGUCAAAUAUAUUCUAAACUAUAUAAAUUGUAUAAUGAAUAGCUUACUCCCACUGCGUCCCUAUGAUUUCCUAACCCCCAACCCCCAAAAUAUCUCUUCUCUCAUUUCUCUCCUCCUCUCUAAAUAAUGUUUUGUUAAUUUAAGUUACAACAAAUGGAACUUUAUUCGUAUAAUGUUAGUUAUGUAUUUAUGUUGAAUGUAUGUGUGAUUGGAUACAAGUGAUUAUGAACCCUUACUCCGCACCACCUAAAACAGGAAAGAGAAAUUCGUUUUGAUCGGCCUUCUAUUAUAACCCCCCAGUAUUUUAGAAGAACAAAAAAUAUAAGUGUGGAAUGUUAUCGAAAAUCAAAUUUAGCCCAAUUUGAAUAUUGUAUUUGUAUUUUGUAUAAAAUAAAUAAUAUAAUUAUAAUAAUAUUAAUCGUUUAUUUGAUAAAUAAGAAUAAAUUUAUAAAAAAAAUAAA